UCACGUGCUCAUGCGACUCGAGCACCCGCCCCGUAUCACGGGACCACCACCCACGACAAAGACGAAGAGCGAGCGGAAACACUCGUCGCGUACAUUAUCCGCGACUACCACCGUUCACUCAAUCCGCUCUUCGUCACUGUAUUACUAUCGACGCCAUGUAUCACACAUCACCCAUACACGACGUGCACGCGAUCGUCUUGCCGUCCUAUCACAAAUUAAUACACUGGAUGAUCGUGAGGACUAUUAUGAUGAUGAUUAUAAUAGCGAUGAAGACGAAGACGAAGAUAAUAUUAACACGACAACCCGUAGCACUGCCUAUGUCGCUUCACGCGAGACCGAUACAUACCAACCGAGCAUCACCCAUUCUCACUAUCAUGCCUGUUACGUCUGCGGAACAAGCCAUUGCUCGAUUACUAUCCAUCAAGAGCAUUAUGAGGCUAUCACCGCAAACCCAAAUGCUAUUACUACGGAUCUGUUUGAUAACACUGCCUUCAAUCAUCACGAACAGCAGGAUAACGAGGAUACUCAGGAAGAGACGGAAACGAAUUUCUUCUUUGCCUCGUCUGAGAGAAGAAAGCAUCAAGUAUACAAGCAAACGGGUAAAAGGCCCAAGCAGAAAAUUGAAUGGAAACACACUGCCUGGUCGGAAGAGCCACAAAUUUAUCGAGAGAAAGAGCGAAGAAAUAAUAAAAUAUACAGAAAAGCACAGAAUAGAAAAAGCUACAGUCUCCUCUUUCUCUUUUACCUCCUGGUAUUACCAUACUUGUGCUCUACCGACCCGUCCUCGGGGGUUUUGGCCACAUCCAUCUUGGACUCACCAGCGAACUUGACCCGCAAUUCGUCCUCUGCAGAACGUGUUCGUGGAUUCAAUAACCCGCAAAGGCAUCCGGGCAGCAAAAAGACACAUCCCUACAACGAAUACUCCUGGCAGGUGAACCAGAUAAAUCCUUGGUUAUCGGCUUGUGAUCUGGCUGGACCAGCACCAGCUGAUCUUCAGGGUACCUGUGGACCCCCAGAAGUGCCAAAAUACUGCCCAAUGCCUUGUCCAAAUCAACACGAUGCUAAAAAGAUAUUUCGCGAGGUAGUUGAACGCCUUGACAUCCCGGUCAAGUUACGCACCGGCUCCGCAGCGAGCGCCGGGAAGUGGAGGUCGUCGUCGUCUGGUGGUAACUCUAGGACGGUAGGCGGCGGUACGGCUCCGGAUCAGUGCCUUUUUUACCUCGAGGAGUCGCACAAGCAAGACAUCUGUCGGGACGAUUUCGCGCGGGCCAGUCCAUUAAGUUUUUUAACCCCCAAGGAAAAUCGAUAUUGGUUCGUUAGUGGUCUCCGUCUUCGUCAUUGCUGCGAACAUGCGGCUAUCAAUGCCUUGGCUCCCGGCAAAGGUGGCCCACUCGAGGCUGUUUUAAACGGGGGAUCUCAGUGCGUCCAAGCUCUAGACAAACUCCUCAGCGUCGACGCACUUGCUGCGAGGCUUCACUGUGAGUUCGGGGAGGUAUUCGCGCGAUACGACUGCGCUCAGCCAUACUCGGUCAUCUAUAACUGCACACACUGCAAGGAGGCGUAUAGAAAAUGGGUGUGCAGCUCCCUGGUGCCUUACUUUGCUCAUGAAGGACCGUCAGACUCCAAAACCUCGGACGGUUGGGUGGAUACGAGGUUACGGCCAUGCCGGUCCUUUUGUCAAUCCGUGGAACAACGUUGCCCUUAUCUACUUCCGGGUGACCGUGCACCUGCUUAUCCUACGCAGUACGCGGGCGAGCCCACUUUUCUUUGCAGAGACCCGAACAUACCGGAAACGGGUGAGCAGGCGAUGAGAGCUUUGCACGGAAACGAAGAAGAAGAAUGCUGCUUCCGCGUUUGUUCCGAAGAUGAGCCAGGAUUGGGUGUCUGCGCCAAUUGUACAGAUCGAGAGCCUCGCGGGCGUCGAUUCGGUGGAGAUCUUCCAACUGCACCGCACUGUGAGAUCACGGCCCCGAUUCAAUCUGGUUCUACAGGUCAAGAAAACGCCCAAGAUGGUAGCGCGGAAAUGUCUUCGCCGGCGCCACCGUCGACCACGAGUGCCUCCUCAUUUUGUGGAAGCGGCGGGGUCGGCUCCAUGUCCUCGUCGUCAAGCAAAACAUCCACUGCAUCGGCUCUUAUGUCAUUGCUUUGUCUUCUCUCGAUGUGGGUCGCCCUCAUUUCACUCAGCACUGGCCAGACUAUUUUUCCCUGGAGUCCAUCAGUGCAAAUGAACCUCGCACUUGAACAGAAGAUAUCAAAAAUAAUCAGGAAACCUCAAACGAGAGUACUGACGUUGCAAUUAUCAUCAUCAUUUCCGGUAUUAUUUAAACAGAGGGCAACACAUGUGUUACGGUGGCUUUUCUUUCUCUUGUUAAAUUACAGUUGGUAUCAUUGGUGUUGGCUUGCGUGGUUUAUCUCGCGAAUUGGUCGUUUAUUAAAGUGGUAUCGUUUAAAAACAAGGACAAAACAAAGUACAAUACGUGACACGAGCGAUAAGCGCUGUUUCCCGCGGGCCAGGCUGCGCAACUGUCGUUCGAGAAAAAACGUACGAAAAAGAAGAGGAAUGAAAUCGCGACGAAGACGCAGGCGAUUUUGGUUCAGUCCCUGGAAAUGGAAGGGACCUUCUUAAUGCUUUUCAUGCGGAUCAUUCCGCUAACUACUACUGGAAAAUAAUUCAUUAUUAAAUGAUCUAUAAUUAAAUAAUUAAAUAUGGAUACUUAAAAAUUAAUAAAAAAAAACAUAAAUAAAUAGUGUGAAGCAGGGUAUCUAUAGUGUAUCCCUUUAGCUUCGAAUACCGAUGACAGGGUCAGGCCAAAGUCACGUUAUUAUCACGUCGACGACGAUGAACGUCGGCCAACAAACCACUCUCUCUUACACACUAUUACACACAUCUCCACCAAAUUGUACCCAUGUGCACAUACACACAUUUGAAAUCCCCAAAUAUAUAGCGAGGGUCACUCGCCCCUCAUAUCAGGAGAUUAAAAAAAACCCCUUCAGUGUCCUCUACCCACCAUAACCGUGGAAUUUCAUACGUGAAGUAUCGAACAAUAAUCGAUGGGUGACUGGAUUUGUUGAGAGCUAGAGCUCGAAGGAGUAAAUUUAAAAAUGAAGCGAAUAUGAAAGAGGAGAGAGAUUGAGAGGUAUAGAAAAAGAAUUGCAUUGAAUAGAAGUUAAACAAAAAAAAAAGUCACAGAUAUAACGAAAAGGGAGUUGACGAAUGAAACAUUGAUGAUUCAGCUUGAAUAAUAGAAAAAAAAGGACAGUAAUAAUAAUAA